AAUUCCACGGAUCUGCUUACGCAUUGAUUCUUGUUUUGAUAACCCUCUUCUUCUUCUCCUACACAUACCAGAUUCUACCAAUCAUUUGCUCAAAAAGGAAUCAUGGGUCUUAAAGCUGGAACCUUUGUGCUUCUCUUGUUGGGUUUGAUCUUGGUUUCUGACGCUAGAUCUUUCGUUGACUCCACCCUCUCAGAAAAAGUUUCCAACAAGGAAGACGUUUGCACUCUGUGUGAGGAAUAUGUUACUGAUGCUCUCAGCUACCUUGAGAAAAAUGUCACACAAGCGGAGAUUAUUGAGGAUCUUCAUGAUCGGUGUUCCCAAUUGCGCGGAUUUUCGCAGCAGUGCAUAACUUUGGUUGAUUACUAUGUUCCUCUCUUCUUCUUACAACUGGAGUCGUUUCAACCUCACUAUUUCUGCAAGAGGAUGAAUCUUUGUGGCAAAGUUGUAGCUCUUGUGGAAGAAGUCCGUCAGGACAGCUGCGGUGUAUGCCACAGGACUGUUUCAGAGAUUCUCAUCAAACUACAAGAUCCCGACACUCAGCUGGAUAUCGUUGAACUGCUUCUCAAGGGAUGUAAAUCGCUCAAGAACUACGAGAAGAAGUGCAAGACGUUGGUGUUCGAAUAUGGACCUCUGAUCCUCGUAAAUGCAGAGGAAUUCCUAGUGAAAAACGACGUCUGCACACUCUUACGCGCAUGUGGUGGUGGUCACUCUUGGGAUGGAAUCGUGGUGACUCAAGCGAACUAUCAGGCGCUCCAAGCAAUCAAGCACGAACUCAUUGACUUCACCGGAGUUCUCAGAAGCUGGAACAACUCUGCCUCCUCUGAAGUUUGCUCCGGCUGGGCUGGAAUCAAAUGCCUCCGAGGUCAAGUGGUUGCCAUUCAGCUCCCUUGGAAGGGACUUGGUGGCACUAUCUCCGAAAAGAUUGGACAGCUUGGGAGCCUCAGAAAACUUAGCCUCCACAAUAAUGUUAUCGCCGGUUCGGUUCCUCGUUCCCUAGGCUACCUCAAGAGCUUGCGUGGAGUCUAUCUCUUCAACAAUCGCCUCUCCGGUUCCAUCCCAGCCUCACUGGGUAACUGCCCUCUUCUCCAGAAUCUUGAUCUUAGCAGUAACCAGCUAAUUGGAGUCAUCCCAGCUAGUCUUGCUGAAGCCACGAGGCUCUAUAGGCUCAAUCUCAGCUUCAAUUCACUAUCCGGUCCCCUUCCGGUUAGUGUAGCCAGAUCAUAUACCCUCACUUUUCUCGAUCUUCAGCAUAACAACCUCUCUGGUUCGAUACCCGACUUUUUGGUUAAUGGCUCCCACCCUCUCAAAACGUUGAAUCUUGACCAUAAUCUCUUCUCUGGAGCUGUUCCUUUGUCUCUCUGCAAGCAUGGUCUGUUGGAAGAGGUUUCUUUAAGCCAUAACCAGCUCUCAGGUUCUAUUCCCAGAGAAUGUGGAGCUCUUCCACACCUCCAGAGCCUUGAUUUUUCUUACAAUUCAAUCAACGGAACCAUCCCAGACAGUUUCUCCAACCUUUCAUCUCUGGUUUCACUAAACCUCGAAAGCAACCACCUCAAAGGCCCAAUCCCAGAUGCCAUUGAUAGACUGCACAACCUGACAGAGCUUAACCUCAAGAGAAACAAGAUCAAUGGGCCAAUCCCAGAGACAAUAGGGAACAUAUCUGGAAUCAAACAGCUUGAUCUGUCAGAAAACAACUUCACAGGUCCAAUCCCGCUGUCAUUAGUCCACCUGGCGAACCUUUCUUCAUUCAACGUCUCCUACAACACCCUCUCUGGCCCCGUUCCACCUAUUCUCUCCAAGAAGUUCAACUCAAGCUCUUUCGUGGGGAACAUUCAGCUCUGUGGCUACAGCUCCUCAAAACCAUGCCCUUCUCCAAAACCUCAUCAUCCUCUCACCCUUUCACCGACUUCAUCACAAGAACCAAGAAAACACCACAGAAAACUCUCUUUGAAAGACAUAAUCCUAAUCGCCAUCGGAGCUCUUCUAGCCAUCCUCCUUCUAUUAUGCUGCAUACUACUCUGCUGUCUGAUCAAGAAACGAGCCGCCUUGAAACAAAAAGAUGGAAAGGACAAGAUCUCAGAGAAGACAGUCUCUGCAGCUGCUGCAGGAACAGCAUCAGGAGGAGGUGAAAUGGGAGGAAAGCUUGUCCAUUUCGAUGGUCCGUUUGUAUUCACCGCAGAUGAUCUCCUCUGUGCCACAGCUGAGAUCAUGGGGAAAAGUACAUACGGCACAGCAUACAAAGCCACAUUGGAGGACGGAAAUGAAGUCGCUGUGAAGCGGCUGAGAGAGAAAACAACCAAAGGAGUCAAAGAGUUCGAAGGAGAAGUCACAGCUUUAGGCAAGAUUCGUCACCAGAAUCUUCUUGCACUAAGAGCUUACUACUUAGGACCUAAAGGAGAGAAGCUACUCGUCUUUGAUUACAUGUCUAAAGGAAGUCUCUCUGCGUUUCUUCACGCUCGAGGACCAGAAACCCUAAUUCCAUGGGAAACAAGAAUGAAGAUAGCAAAAGGAAUCAGUCGUGGUUUAGCUCACCUUCACAGCAACGAGAACAUGAUCCAUGAGAAUCUCACAGCAAGCAACAUUCUCCUCGACGAACAAACCAACGCACACAUCGCCGAUUACGGUCUCUCAAGACUCAUGACCGCCGCCGCCGCCACAAACGUAAUCGCAACCGCCGGAACAUUAGGAUACAGAGCACCGGAGUUUUCAAAAAUCAAGAACGCAAGCACUAAGACCGAUGUCUACAGCUUAGGGAUCAUCAUAUUGGAGCUUUUGACUGGCAAAUCUCCAGGAGAGCCGACGAAUGGGAUGGAUUUGCCUCAAUGGGUAGCUUCGAUUGUGAAAGAAGAGUGGACUAAUGAAGUUUUUGAUUUGGAGCUCAUGAGAGAGACACAAAGCGUUGGUGAUGAGCUUUUGAAUACUCUGAAAUUGGCUUUACAUUGUGUUGAUCCGUCUCCGGCGGCGAGGCCAGAAGCUAAUCAGGUGGUGAAUCAGUUGGAGGAGAUUAGGCCGGAGACUGAAGCGGAGAUGGAGACGACGCUGAUUGGAUCUGGUGGUGAAGGAGGUAAAGAUUUAGGAUCAAACGAGGAUUAAAGGAAAGUUUUGGGGGUUUUUAUGGAAGAAGAAUAAAAAAGAAGGGACCUA